CCCCGAGCAAGCUCCAUUUCCCAUCAUGGAGAGUCAGAGAGUCCAGUCCUCGUACAGGAAGCGUUAUGGGCCUCAGGGCUCAGGCAGCACAGGAGUCAGAAUUGGGAGCCUUUCUUCCAGCCGCCUCUCCUGGCAUGGCACCCCUCGCAACUUCACCCACUCCAGCCCUGUGUCAAGGAUUUCCUUAGGCUCAACGGGCCUGCUCCUGGGGAGCCCUGUGGACCGGCUGGAUUUCCCAGCUGAGUCCCUGAUGAAGGCCCAGUUCAAGGAGACGCGCACCAACGAGAAGAUGGAGAUGAUGGGGCUGAAUGACCGUUUUGCCAGCUACAUAGAGAAGGUGCGCCUGUUGGAGCAGCAGAACAAGAUGUUGGUGGUGGAGCUGAACCAGCUGAAGGUGAGGGAGCCCAGCCGCAUGGGAGACAUCUACCAGGAGGAGCUGAGAGAACUGCGCAGACAGGUGGACGGACUCACUUCUGGCAAAGCUCGGCUGGAGAUCGAGAAGGACAACCUGGCUGCAGAUGUGAACAUGCUCAAGCAGAGGUUGCUAGAUGAGAGUGGUCUCCGACAGGAUGCAGAAAACAACUUGAAUGCCUACAGACAGGAUGUGGAUGAGGCGUCACUUAAUCGUGUCCAGUUAGAGAGGAAAAUCGAUGCCCUGCAGGAUGAGAUUAACUUCCUGAGGAAGACUCAUGAGGAGGAUCUGCGUGAGUUACAGGAGCAGAUCAUGGCCCAGCAGGUGCAUGUUGACCUUGAUGUAUCCAAACCAGACCUGACUGCUGCUCUGAGGGACAUCCGCGUCCAGUAUGAAACCAUGGCCACCUCCAACAUGCAGGAGACUGAGGAUUGGUACCGAUCCAAGUUUGCUGACCUGACAGAUGCAGCCAAUCGAAACGCAGAAGCCCUGCGCCAGGCCAAGCAGGAGGCCAAUGAAUACCGCCGUCAGGUCCAAGUGGUGACCUGUGAUCUUGAGGCUCUCCGCGGAACAAACGAGUCUCUGGAACGCCAGUUCCGGGAGAUGGAGGACCGCUUUGCCAUGGAGACUUCUGGUUACCAGGAUACAGUGAGCCGUCUGGAGGACGAUAUCCACUCGCUGAAGGACGAGAUGGCGAGACACUUGCAGGAGUACCAGGACCUUCUCAACGUCAAGCUGGCCCUGGACAUAGAGAUUGCCACCUACAGGAAGCUGCUGGAGGGAGAAGAGAGCAGGAUCACCAUUCCAGUUCAGAGCUUUUCCAACAUGCAGUUUAAAGAAACUAACCUGGACACUAAAACCCCCGAAGCCCACGUGAAGAGGAGCAUCCUGGUUCGAACUGUGGAGACCAGAGAUGGGGAGAUCAUUAAGGAAUCAACAACUGAACACAAAGAUCUUCCUUAAAGUUCGAUUUGUCACAAUCUGGAAUUAUUACUUAUUUGUUUGGUUUCCAAACCCCAAAGCUGCCCCAUCAGAACCAUUAUUUCAUUUAGCUAUCCUUUCAUCAUCACCUGUUGGACCUUUUUAACGACCAUGACUUAACCAUUACACUCUCCUAGACUUCCUCAUUAGAAUUUCUGCAAAAGAACAUCCAUGUUUAGCUCUUAUACAGCUGUAAGCAGCAUAUAGACCACUCAUCUUGAAAUGGUUUUUACCAUUUUGUUCUGUUCCAGUGAAAACUUCGGGAAACCACUGGCAACCUGUUUCAUUUUAAAUUAGGCUAACUGAUUUUAGCACUGUUUCAGAUUAGCUGCCAUAGAGAAGGCUCUAAAACUUAGCAAUUGUGUUAAGCUAAUAUGUAGCAUGGUGGAGGUUGACAUGUUUUGUGUAUGUGAAAUGUGGCAAGGGAAGUACCAGAGGGAGUUUAGGUUUGCAGACACCAGAAUUGGAUAGCGGCAGGAAAUAAGAGUUGUGUGUAUGUUAGAGCAGCUUUUGGCAGAAGGGCAGGUGAAUUUGGCAGUUUUUAGUUUUAUCUAUGCUUGGUGCUAUUUUGCAUUUGAUUCCUUUGUUGUAGCAGCAGCCACCUCUGCUUGUGUGUUACAGCUUGUGUGAGCUGCACAGCUUCUGGUUGAUAACACAUGUGCUUAGAUAGGAGUUGAGUGGAAAUCAUCAAACUCCAGCUAAUGUGUUGAUGUUACUUUUUCACUUUUUACAACCACAAACCUCUCGAGAGCCAAACAGUCUGCUACGGCUGCUUUUGAUGGGAACUUUUGUUUUAAAAAAAACAGCAGAUUUAACAGCAAUUGUUUGGUAUGACAAACUGGACAUCCAGCGUUCUGUAGACAUUAGAGCUGCAACAGUUAGUCGAACAAUUAGUUGCAGCCGUAGUAGACAUUGACUUAGUCAUGAAGACAGAUCAGACAAACAGAGACAGCUGACAGGUCUAUAUUCUAUAUUGUCUAUAUUGAUCGAAGCUAGGAUGUUUGUGGUGAGUUUUUGACAGAAUUUGAUUUCAGCAUUCAGUAGUUUUAUUUAAAAGAAACAGUGUUGACUGACCAUUGCUGAAUGUUUGCAUCUUACUCAGAGGACACUGAUCGUUGCAUCCUCUUCUGUGAUGUUAGAUACAUAUAAAAGGUGUCCCAUCAACAGGUGCAUCAAAGCUCACAACUGUACAGUGUGUGAGAACCUAUGCAGUCCUGAGAGGAAGACUCACAAGUCAAAAUAAACAGCUGUGAUUGUGUUUAAACUUUCUCCAUCACCUAACUUCUGCUCUUCUGCUUUCUCUAUUCAUUGCACACUCAGCUGUUGGUAUCCACUGUCUCUCACACAACCUGAUAAGACAUUAUUUGACACAUGGAUGCUUCAGAGCAUUAUCAAGGGACAGAGCCAGGAUGAAGGUGUGGAGAAACUAAUUGGAUACAGACCUCUCCUCGAGCCUCCAAUAUAUCCGCAGACUCCCUCUUCCAAAUUCACAAGCCAAUUUCUGUUGUGUUUGACUGAUAGCAGCAAGAGUGCUUUGGAGAUGACCUCCAACAAAUCUCAAAGCAGCAGAAACUGUAAUUUUUAUUAUAAAAGCGAGGACGCUGGGAUUAGAAGUAAAAGGAGGAUGUAAGGAAGGAUGAUUGAUUGACUUUCCAGCAAAAACAUUGUAAUCCAUGUUUCCUGAUUGGUUAGAAGUCAAGUUGACUGAAGUUGUGUUGCUGACAGCCGGGCCUCGCCACUAAUGAGUGGUGCUACACUGAAGCUGGCUGUUGCUGGGUUCGUUGCCAAGGACACACUGUGAAUUUGAGUUGUGCCUCCCACCCUCUCCCCUCCACAACUUCCACUGCUGUCACUCAACCCGUUCUCCCAAUAACAUGCAGAUGUCUCUUGUAUUCACUCUUUGUCUUUUAAUAUUGAUCUUAGAUAAAUGAAUCCUGCAUCUGCAGAUGGAAAGAUAACAGUAGUAUUGACCUGCUACAUAAAGUUUACUUAACAAGAA